GGGAAGCAGCCAUGGCGGAGGCGGCGCUGAGCAGCUCCGGAACCCCCCGGAAACGGAGCCGGGAGCCCGAAAGCUGCUGCUGGGAGUUCCGGACCCCGCUGUGCAAACGGCCCCGAGGAUCCGGAGCCUCCCAGAAUUCCCAGAAUUCCCAAAAUUCCCGGCAGGAAAUCCGGGAGAAAGCGGCGCCGGCCCGGAAACUGCGGCUGCCGGCCGGAAAUCCGGGAAUGUCAGCGGAAAAUUCGGGAAUUGUAUCAGAAAAUUCAGGAAUUGCAGCUGGAAAUUCAGGAAUUUUAUCAGAGAAUUUGGGAAUUCCGGCAGGAAAUUCAGGAAUUUUAUUAGGAAAUUUGGGAACGCCAUCGGGAAAUUUGGGAAUUCCAGCUGGAAAUCCUGGAAAUUUGUCAGAAAAAUUGGGAAUUCCAGAAGGAAAUUCAGGAAUCUUGUCAGAAAAUCUGGGAAUUCCAGCGGGAGAUUCGGGAAAUUUAUCAGGAAAUUCAUCAGAAAAUUUGGGAAUUCCAUCAGGAAAUUCGAGGAUUUUAUCAGAAAACUCGCGAAUUCCGUCAGGAAAUUUGGGAAUUCCAUCAGGAAAUUUGGGAAUUCCGGCCGGAAAUCCGGGAAUUUCCCGGCAUUCCCACUUUUCCGUGGGGGUGUUUUACGGCCCCCGGCCGUACCUGGAUCCGCUGGAGCGGAGGCGGCUGCGGGAGCUGCGGGGGGAGGGGAAAAUUCCGGAAAAAUCCCGGAAUUCCGGGAAUUCUGGGAAUUCCAGAGCCGGGAAUUUGGGGUUUGGGAGCUUUGGCGGGAAAUCCAAGCGGAAAUCCGGGAAUUCUGCUGGGAAAUUUGGGAAUUCUGGCGGGAAAUCCGGGAAUUCCAAGAGGAAUCGCGGCAGCUCCAAAGGGAAAAGCAGCAGCGGGAAAUCCUGGAAUUCCCGGAAAUCUGGGAUUGGGAAUUCCAAGAUUUCCAAUGUUGGGAAUUCCCAAAGUUCCAAAGUUGGGAUUUCCCAGAAUUCCGGGAUUUCUGGGAUUGGGAAUUCCCAGAUUUCUGAAAACUCCAAGAUUGGCGGGAAUUCCGGAAUUUCCAAAGCUGAGAAUUCCCAGGAUCCCAAGGCCAAGAAUUCCCAGAUUUCUGGGAUUGGGGAAAAUUCCCAGAUUUCCAGGGCUGGGAAUUCUGGGAUUGCUGAGAAUUCCCAGAUUUCCAAACUCGAGAAUUCCCGGAUUUCCAACACUGAGAAUUCCCAGAUUUCCAACAUUGGGAAUUCUGGGAUUGGUGAGAAUUCCCAAAUUUCCAGCGCUGAGAAUUCCCAAAUUUCCAAGGCCAAAAAUUCCCAGAUUUCCGAGCUCCAGAAUUCCCAAAUUUCCAACAUUGAGAAUUCCCAAAUUUCCAACAUUGAGAAUUCCCAGAUUUCCAGCAUUGGGAAUUCCCGGAUUUCCGAGAAUUCCCGGAUUUUCCGGGCCGGGGUCCGGCCCCGUGUGCGGCUCCCCCAGGGCGGCGCCUUCUUCCGAUCCCGGAGCCGAUCCCGGAAAAUUCCGGCAAAAUCCCAAAAAUCCCCCGGGGAGAAACUUCCGGAAACGGCGCCGAAAGUUCCGGAAAUGGGAAAGGAAAACCGGGAAAACGGCGGGAACGAGGAAUCCUCUGGAUCGAGCUCGGAUUCCCGGGAGGCCCCGGCCCAGCAGGAAUUGGGCUCUCCAUGCCCGGCCGGGCUCUUCCCGAUUUUCCUGCCCAGCAGGAGGAGGCCCCUGCAGGAGCUCCCGGCCCCGUUGGCUCCCUCUGGAAAAGCUCCCAGGAAAAGCCGGGAAAGCUCCUGGGAUCAGCUCAUCAUUGAUGCCGGGCAGCAUUCCCUGUCCCCUCGGCACUGUGGAUCCUGUGGGAUGCUGUUCGCUCCCGGCGUUCCCGAGGAUCGGCUGCAGCACCUGCGGCACCACCGGGCACUGAGGGAGGCGCUGACACACCCGGGCUGGAAGCAGGAGCGCGUGGUUGCGGAAUUCUGGGACGGGAGAAUCCUCCUGAUCCUUCCCGAGGAUCCCAAAUACGCCCUCAGGAAGGCCGAGCAGGUUCUGGCCGUGGUGGAUUCCGAGCUGGGUUUCCCGGAGCAUUCCCGGCCCUUCCCGGAGCAUUCCCGGCUGUACCUGUUUGUGAGCGCCGGGCGCUGCGUGCUGGGCUGCCUGCUGGCACAGCCCAUACGGCAGGCGUUCCGGGUGCUGCCGGAGCCGGGCUUGGCGCCAUUGCCAGACCCGCAGGACCCCCAGCAUUCCCAGGAUCCCCGUGACCCCCAGCAUUCCCAGCAUUCCCAGCAUUCCCGGCAUUCCCGGCAUUCCCGGCGGGAGGCGCGGAUCGAUCCGUGUGCCCGCGCCUGGCGCUGCUCGCUGUGCCCGGAGCCGGCCGUGUGCGGCAUCAGCCGCCUCUGGGUGCUGGGGGCGCGGCGGCGCCGCGGCAUCGCCCGCAGGAUGAUGGACGCCCUCAGGCGCACGUUCGUGUUCGGGGCCGUGCUCAGUUCCCGGGAUUUGGCCUUUUCCGACCCCACGGCCGACGGGCGGGGCUUCGCUGCCCGGUACUGCGGCCGCCACGACUUCCUGGUCUACAGCCCCCUGGCACCGGGAUCCACACCGGGAUCCACACCGGAAACACCGGGAUCCGCACCGGGAUCCACACCGGGAUCCACACCGGGAACACCGGGAUCGGCACUGGGAACACCGGGAACAGCACCGGGAUCCGCACCGGGAUCCGCACCGGGAUCCACACCGGGAUCGGCACCGGGAACACCGGGAUCCGCACCGGGAUCCACACCGGGAUCAGCACCGGGAACAGCACCGGGAACACCGGGAACACUGGGAUUGGCAUCAGGAUCAGCACUGGGAUCUGCACUGGGAUCUGCACCGGGAUCAGCACCGGGAACACCGGGAUCAACACCGGGAACACCGGGAUCACUGCAGCAGCGCAGCGACGAUGGCGGCCGCCGGGGGGCGCAUGCGCAGAAGAACUCUCGCAAUGGCCGCUGCCAGGGCAUUCCCGCUCUGCAGCAGCGCAGCGACGACGGCGGCCGCCGGGGGGCGCAUGCGCAGAAGAGCUCCCGCACGGGCCGCUGCCAGGGCAUUCCCACUGUCUGCUGCAAGCGCAGCGACGACGGUGGUCGCUAG